AUGCAAUUCAAAAACUUAUUGGUAUUCAUUGUGGCCGCUUUAAGUACUACUGAAGCUACCAAAAAGGUGACCAAACCACCUUCAGUUCCUGGGAAAGGCGAUUACUAUGACUUUGCAAGAAAUUUUGCUCUAGCUCCCGUUGGUCAUAAUUGUUACGGUCAAGAAGUUCCGUUUGAUAUUCAACUGAGUGCUGGUAUAUACGAGGGGUUGGAAAAGAGGACUGUAAAGUCGUCUGCAAAAUCUUCUGCAAAGUCUGCUCCAGCUGCGCAUUUUCAAGUGACCAAGGCUGAAAAAGUUGAUGAAAAACACUACAAGAUUGAUUUUUUGUUCAAGACUACUUAUGAUCCAUCUGCUUUAAAAUCAUUUGCUGGUGAAAGUUCUAUUGAGAUUGAUUUUGUAAACUUGGGCUCUCCAUAUAUGGACAAUAUUAAGGCGCAUGGCGAUACUGCAACUUUCAAAUAUAACAACCCUUUUGACUUUGAAGCAUCAGUAAUAGUCUCACCUAUUCAACACGGUAAUUACUUUUGUUUGCCUCCUGAUUUCGGUAUAGAGUAUAGAGUUCUGGUUUGGUACAGUGAUUGGCUGCAUGUCUUUGACACCAACUACAAAUACACAUGCGAGAAGAAUCUUGACAAAGUCAAGAGAACAGUUCACAAAUCAUAUACCAAGUUUGAUGCUGCAAAGACUUUUGAUUUGACUUUACCAAACUAUUGUUGGAAAGUUCCAGACUGUGAGCCAUACAAGCCAACUUUGAGCUCUACUAUUACAUCUACAACUCUUUCCAGUACUUUUUUUACUGAAACAUCUACUGCUUCAUCUACUGAUUAUUCUACUACCUUGACAACUCCAAUUGUCGCUACUUCAUCUGAAAGUGAAAUUGAAAAAGUCACAACUUUCACCACCACUGUUCCUACUGUUGUUGUUACUGAAACUACCGUCACCCACACAAUUACUGAGGAUGGAACAACAUUUGUCACCACCGAAGUAGCUACAGAAACAGUUACAAUGAAUGUUACUGAAACCAGUAAGGAAACAACAACCGAGGCUAUAACAGUCACCCAGGAAGCCGAAACUGUAACCACUACCGUUGAAAAGGUUUUGGAAACCACUGUUGAGCGCGAGAUACUUGUGACUGAGACUAUUACAAGGGAUGGGAAAACAUUUUUAACAACAGAUACCGAAACCGCAACAGUUACUGAGUUGAACACUGAGACCCUUGUACAGACUCUUGUUGUAAGCACAACAUUUACUGAUGAGCCGGAAACCGAAACAAUCACCACAACUGUUGAAGGUGUUCCUGAAACAAUAAUCAAGUAUCAACAACCAGUGACUCAUACAGUCACUGAGGAAGGACAAACAUUCACCAAAGUUCGUGUUGAAACAAUUUACUCUACAGAACAACCAAUCACAUACACAACCACCGUGGAAGGUGCUGUUGAGACUGUUUUUAAAUACUUGAAACCAGAGACCAAGACCGUUACUGAGCAAGGUGAAGCAUAUUCCAUUACUGAGACAAAUUAUGAAACAAUAGUUGUUACCAAGGAACCGAAAACCGUUUAUGAAACGGUGGAAGGAAUUCCAACUCCAAUAACAAUUAUUGAGGUCCAAAAACCAAUUACAAAAACCGUCACCGAGGAAGGCCAAGCUUACGCAGUCACUGAAAAGAGUGUUGAAUUUAUUACUGUUACUCAAGAUGCCCAAACGAUUACCACUACUGUUGAAGGAGUUCCAAAGACGAUAGUUGAGUAUAAAGAACCAAUCACUGAGACCGUAACUGAAAAGGGCAAAGAGUUCACCACCACCGAAAUUAAAUUUAAGAGCAUUACUGUUACUGAAAGUCCUAAAACUACAACGAAAACAGUUGAAGGCACUCCUGUUACGAUUAUUGAAUUCAAAGAACCUGUUACAAAAACAGUGACCAUGGAUGGUGAAAUUACCACUGUUACCGAGACAACAAAAGAUCAAAUCACCAUAACAGAAGAACCAGUUACAGUUAUUAAAACUAUUGAAGGUGUUUUAGAAACGGUUCUUGAAUUUAAGGAACCUGUUACUGUUACCAUUACUGAAGAGGGAAAGGAGAGAACCAAAACCCAAGUACAUACUAGUUUAGAAACUGUUGUUUUGAGCACCACUGUGACUGAAGAGCCAAAAACAUAUACAACUACAGUUGAAGGAGAAUCAGAGACUAUCAUUGAGUACAAAGUUUUGACUAAGGAAGUUGUUGUUAAGGAGAACGAAACAUUCACAGUUACUGAUACCAAUCAUGAAACAGUGACUUUGGUCAGUGUUGUCACCGAAGAGCCGGUUACUAUCACUUCAACGAUUGAAGGUGAGGUCAUCACUGUGGUUGAACAAGAGAAGGCGGAGGUGAAAUUGAUCACCAAGGACGGUUAUACUAUUACUGAAACUGACACUGUUAUUGAUACGGUAACAAUCAAAGAAGAGCCAAUCACUGUUGAAGCUACCACCACUGAGAUUCAGGAGGUUUUUGUUGAGAAAACUCAAUACUUUACCAAACUCAUCACCGAAGAAGGCAAAAUCUCUACAGUGACAGAGUCAAGCGUUGAGACCCUGAUUGUAACCGAGGUCUUCACCAAUCCCAUUACCAUUACAACUGAAGUCACGGUUGUUGACCAGAAGGUGCCAGUUACCAAAACCAUUACAAAGGAAGGUGAAACUUUUACGACUACAGAAGUAGGUUUUGAAACAAUUGUUUCUCAAUCAGUCAUUUACAAAAAAGCAAGCACUACUACAACCUUGAUUGAUAAUAGUACAAUAAUUAUUACCACCACUAUUACCACUACCACUACCACCCCCAUCACAAUCGUAGACGAAGGAGUUCUUAUCACACAAACCUUGACCAAAGAUGGAGAGACGUACACCACAGAAGAGGUUGGAACCAAAAUUGAGACAUCAACUUUAACAUUGACAUUGACCAUGACUACUGAAAUUGCUAAAGAAUCUGAAAUCGCAAGUGCUACAAUUUUGGAUUAUACAGUAACAGAAACAGCUGUUGUAAAAGAAGAAGAAGAAAAAGAGGAAAAAGAAGAAGAAGCGGAGGAGCAAGAGGAGAUAAAUGAAGAAAAACAGUCUACUCUCUUUACUACGACUGGAAUCACUUCUCUUGUAACAGAAAUGGAAAGUGGAUCAACUAUGGCAUAUUCAACAACUGCAGUUACUGAUGUGUUGGAAGUUUUUGAAGGUUCGGCUGGCUAUAUCACCAAAUCCUCAUGGACUGUCCUUAUUGGGUUUAUUGGUUAUUGUUUCAUCUAA